AUGGGGCACGUAAUAGCGGGUCCUUGUAGUACACGGAAGCGACCAAAGUCCGAUUAUGAUUUCGAUGUAUUUCGGCAGGAGCUGAGAGAAGGGUCCCACCUCGAUCGCCUAAAAAUAGAAUGGUUUUUUAAAUUACUUAAUCAACGCUUACGUUUCGGUUAUUUGAAAUUUUUCGCUGUUGAACGUGUUGAGAUAAUAUUUCGCCAACAAUUGAGCAUUUUGAACAAAACGAAUAAGUGCAAUGCCAAUGAGAAAGAGCCGGACGAAGAAUUAGCUCAUGGAAUUUUUAGUUGGUCGCUGGAUAAGUUCGUGGAACGUCGUACAUUACGUAAUUUUGUUUUUAUUGAAGUUUUGAAAAAAUUUUCGGAAAAUUGCUUGGAUAACUAUAAAUUUCGAUGCGAUUUAAAAGAAUUACUUAAAUUAGUAAAGCUCGUAUUCGAUGGCCUAUAUUCCGAAAUGUCUGAUCAAAGUUUGGAUAUAGAAGCAAGCACUGAAAAACCAAUUCUAGAUGCUCGGGAAUUGUUAAAGAAACAGCAGAAUAUAGAAAAUGAAUACAAAAAAAAUAAAAGUGUAUUUACUCAAUUGUUUAACGCGCAAUUACUAAUGAGUCAGAGGCAACAUCGGCAAAGUCACGUGGCUUUGAAGACGAAUUUGGAGACCAAGAUACUGUACAGUCACUUAUGGGAUCCGAUCGAAAGACGCUAUCAAUUGAAUUGGUAUAGAACCAAGUUACAUCAGACCCAACUAAAAAUGGAUAGCAUGCAAAAUUAUUUCAAUUCGAGCAUUAACAAGUUCAUGAGUCAAACUCUAGACGAGGAACGUUGCAGUAGCAGCUGCAUGGAUUUCUUCUACACGAUGAACGAGAAAUUGAAAAGAAAUAUUCAGACUAUGCAAGCAAACUAUGACGCGGACUACGAGAAAGCCGAAAACAAAUUAAACCUCAAGCGCAUACAAAUCGAAAAGCUAAAGGAUCAGCAGCGUUAUCAGCAAGAGCAAAUUGCUCGAUUUCACGAGGAAAUUGAGGCAAUGCGUAUACGUGAAUUGAAAGCACAGGAAAGAAAGGAACGAGAGGAAGCCGAAAAAUUGAAAGCUGCGGCAGGAAAGAAGUCAAAAGCGCAGAGGUCAGGGAAAAAGAAGAAGAAAUAA